AUGGAAGGAACAAGCGUCUCUCCUCCACCAACCCCAACAGCCCCUUUCGAAGAGAGGCUGGAGAACUGCGUAUCACCUGGCGAGGAUCCUGAGGCUUACCGACCAGGAGGCUAUCACCCGGUCAACCUAGGAGAUGUUCUCAACGAAGGCCAGUACAAGAUUAUUCGAAAACUUGGAGAAGGGUAUUUCUCCAUUGUCUGGCUUGCCCAUGACCUGAUGAACUCUUGCUACGUAGCACUGAAGAUUCUGGUCUCAGAUGAGGCAGAAAAAUCCCAGGAGUUGCAAAUCUUGCGUCACCUUACCCAGGUUGCUCCUUUGACAGCACCCCAGCGAAUCACGCAGCUUCUCGCCGAGUUUGAACAUAAAGGUCCCAACGGCACACACAAAUGCCUUGUUUUUGAGCCCAUGGGACCAUCCGUCAAUCAAAUGCUUCUGGAGCUUGCCGACAGGGAAAAGAAAUUUCCGAGUGAGAUGAAGUAUCCGGUCCAAAUGGCGAAGCGUAUUCUCAGGGAUUCACUGGAAGGGCUAGCAUUUCUUCAUAAGCAUGGUAUCGCCCAUGCAGACUUUCAACCGGGAAAUAUGCUGUUCUCGCUCAACAACAUCAAUUCCUGUGACGAAGCGACCCUACGUCAGAAGGAAACGCCGAACGAGCGCUAUCGUAUCAAGAGAAUUGAUGGCAAGAAAGACAGAUGGGCACCCGAAUAUCUGUGGACUGCAGAGCCGCUAACGGACUACACGAGUAUUGACGAAAGCCUCAAAAUUAAACUAGCUGACAUGGGCGGCGCAUACUUCCUCAACGACCCUCCAACGGACUCCAUAGUUCCAUGUGCCCUUCGCGCCCCAGAGCUAGUCCUCAAAGGAGAAAUCGACAAGACCCAGGAUAUCUGGAGCUUCGGGUGUCUCGUUUUCGAAUUGUUCGCCGGAAGGCCUCUCUUCUACGUCUUUGGUGGCUCAACCGAGGACGAUCCUUCCUUGCUAGAUGACGAAUAUCUUCUUGAGAUCGUGGAUAGGCUUGGUCCACUUCCCGAUGAGCUUUACAGCCACUGGAAGACCUCUUCGCGCUAUUACACCCAGGAUGGGACUAAGUACAAUUGUAUGAUUGGUGGUGUCCCCGAGGGUAGGGAGCCGCUUAUGCUAAAACAAUGUUCCAUGGAACAAGCCUUCCACAGGAAGAGUCCCGAAAUGACAGAGGAGGAGGCACAGGAGGUGAAGAAACUUAUCCGAUGGAUUCUUCAGUACGAUCCGGCCAAGAGACCCUCAGCUGAGGAGAUCCUCCGUCAUUCAUGGUUUGCGGAAGAUUCAACUGAGCAGGCUGAGUAA